GGACAAUCGCCGGGUGACGUCGUCGUAAGUACCAACGGACUUUGUGGAUAGCUAUAUUAUUCGCUUUGCGGCUUGGUAAAUUCAACCCAAACAUCGACACUCCCUACAGGCAUCUGAAAUACCAAUUGCAGCUAUGUCAUCCCCUCAGACCGUCCGUUGGGGCAUCCUUGCGACAGGAGGCAUCGCCCUCACUUUCACCCGCGACCUCCUCGCCGACCCGAAGACCCGCGGUGUCACCACUGUCAAGCACACAGUCGUUGCCGCUGCCUCUUCCUCAUCGAAAUCACGUGCCGAAGCGUUCCUGAAGGAAACCGGCUCCCCCUCAGACGCAAAGGCCUACGGCUCGUACGAAGAGCUCGUCCAGGACCCCAACAUCGACAUCGUCUACGUCGCCACACCGCACUCGCACCACUACCAGAAUGCCCGCCUCUGCCUCGAGGCCGGCAAGCACGUGCUGUGCGAGAAGGCCUUCACCGUCAACGCCGCCCAGGCCCGCAAGCUCGCCGAGAUCGCCAAGGAGAAGAACCUCUUCCUGAUGGAAGCCGUAUGGACCCGGUACUUCCCGCUCUCCAUCUACGUGCGCGAGCAAAUCACCUCCGGCCGCAUCGGCCCCGUCGCGCGCGUCAUCAGCGACAACAGCAUGGCCCUCGACCCGGAGACCAGCUUCGCCGACGGCAAGCACCGCAUGGUGAAUCCCGAUCUCGCGGGCGGCGCACUCCUCGACCUCGGCAUCUACGCGCUCACCUGGGUGUUCCAGACGCUGUACCACACGCAGCCCGAAGCCACGCGGCAGCCGCCCAAGCUCCUCGCCUUCGUCAAGAACUACGCGGCCACCGCCAACGCCGACGAGCACAGCACCAUGAUCCUGAACUUCCCGCGCCCGGCAGACGCAGGCGGCGACGCCCACGCCGUCGCCACGACGUCCCUGCGCGUCGCCACCAGCCCCGGUAACAACAACGACACCCCUUGUGUCCGCGUCCAAGGGCCCAAGGGCGAGAUCCAGGUCUUCCCGCCCUCGUUUCGGCCGACCAAGACGAAGCUGAUUCUCAGCGACGGCACGGUCGAGGAGAAGGACUGGCCGAUUCCUGGGCCAGGGAAGGGGGGGAUGUUCUGGGAGGCGGACGAGGCGGCCGAGGCGGUGCUUGCGGGGCGCAAGGAGGGGAGGUACGAGAACCUUGCCGAGAGCAUACUGAUCAUGGAGAUUAUGGAUGAGGUGCGGAAGCAGGGGGGGUUGGAGUAUCCGGCGAAGAUUGAGACGCUGGAUUAUCCUGUGCAGUUGUAGGGGGGUAGAAACAGUGUGUAGAAGCAGUGUGAUGGUGGAUGGAGGAGGGGAUACUAUCUGCACCGUUAAGUGGGUGCUCAACCAAGCCUUAUUUUACUGCACGUGUUGAAGUCAUCGAGCCACGAGUGUUCUUCGAGCCUCGCUGACAGCACGCGCUUGGAUCCAGGCAUCGUGCGCUCUCACACCACCAACAUCCAUAGCUUCCCCACCCAGCGAGAUACUCUGCCCCUGCAUUCGCCACAAGCCGCCGAAAGCCCACGGAACCUGUCAUCACGGUAUGAUCAUCAAGAGGACUACACAGUACCACCCCGUUACUCUAUUUUGCAUGCUCUAUUGCAGACUCAAUAUGCUCCCUGGAUCCGUAGACCCCCGAUUCACAAUCCCAUCCCGAUGCAACCCCCAAUCCAGACCCAAUGCAAUCCCAGCCGCGAUGCUAGUCCUUGCUCGCCCAUGCUGCUCAC